CCGGCCAGAGCUCCUCCCACUUUGACGACGCAGCUCUAGCACCCGCCACGCCGCGAGCAAAUACUCCGUUGCGGCUCUAAUACUUCUUCGGAGCGCUCUCAAAUCUCGUUCUUGUCACUCAGCACAGCCGCCGCCAUGCCUGACAUCGUGGACCCCCGAAUGAUGAAGGUCCAGCCGCGGAUACGGUACAACACCAUCGGCGGCGUAAACGGACCAUUGGUCAUUCUCGAGAGUGUCAAAUUUCCAAAGUACAAUGAGAUCGUGUCUUUGACGCUCCCCGAUGGCUCGGAGCGGUCUGGGCAGGUCCUGGAAGCUCGAGGAAACAGGGCAGUCGUCCAGGUCUUUGAAGGCACAACAGGCAUCGACGUAAAGAAGACGAAAGUCGAGUUUACGGGCCACAGCUUGAAGCUUGGUGUGUCCGAGGACAUGCUUGGUCGCAUCUUCGACGGAUCUGGCAGAGCUAUCGACAAGGGACCCAAGGUGCUUGCGGAGGAUUACCUCGAUAUCAACGGCAGUCCUAUCAACCCCUACUCUCGUGUGUAUCCCGAAGAAAUGAUCUCGACCGGUAUCUCCGCCAUCGACACCAUGAACUCCAUCGCCCGUGGCCAGAAGAUCCCCAUCUUCUCCGCCGCUGGUCUGCCGCAUAACGAAAUCGCUGCCCAGAUUUGUCGACAAGCCGGUUUAGUCGGCAAGCCUACAAAGGACGUUCACGACGGUCAUGAGGAGAACUUCUCCAUUGUCUUCGGCGCCAUGGGUGUCAACUUAGAGACGAGUCGCUUCUUCACGAGGGACUUUGAGGAGAACGGCAGUAUGGAGCGCGUCACGCUAUUCCUGAACCUGGCAAACGACCCAACCAUCGAGCGUAUCAUUACCCCUCGUCUCGCCCUCACCACCGCCGAAUACUACGCAUACCAGCUCGAGAAGCACGUCUUGGUUAUUCUCACCGAUCUGUCCUCGUACUGCGAUGCCCUGCGUGAGGUCUCCGCUGCCCGAGAAGAAGUGCCCGGUCGACGUGGUUAUCCUGGCUACAUGUACACAGAUUUGUCCACCAUCUAUGAGCGAGCUGGACGUGUGGAAGGACGAAAUGGCUCCAUCACCCAGAUCCCAAUCCUGACUAUGCCUAACGACGAUAUCACCCAUCCCAUUCCCGAUUUGACUGGCUACAUUACGGAAGGCCAGAUCUUUGUCGACCGUCAGCUCCACAACAAGGGUGUCUAUCCGCCGAUUAACGUCCUCCCGUCUCUCUCCCGUCUCAUGAAGUCCGCCAUCGGCGAAGGUCGCACACGGAAAGACCACGGCGAUGUCUCCAACCAACUCUACGCCAAAUACGCCAUCGGUCGUGACGCCGCCGCUAUGAAAGCUGUCGUCGGUGAGGAGGCUCUGUCGUCCGAAGACAAACUAUCUCUCGAGUUCCUCGACAAGUUCGAGCGCACCUUCAUCACGCAGUCCGCCUAUGAAUCUCGAACUAUCUUCGAGUCGCUGGAUCUGGCCUGGUCUUUGCUUAGGAUCUACCCCAAGGAGCUGCUCAACCGUAUUCCGGCCAAGGUUCUCGACCAGUACUAUGCUAGGAGUAGGACGGACGGCGAUAGGAAGAAGAAGGGAAAUAAGGAUACCAGGGAUAACUCAGGCGAAGGCCAGGAUGAGAAUUUGAUCGAUGUGUGAGUGUAGAGGUGCCAGGGUCAAACCGAUGAGCUCUCCAUUUUCUCCUGGUCGAUAGACAUGAGAGCAGAUGUAUGCGUCGAGAGGAUAUCUGAACAGCAAGCGAUGUCGUGUGGUUUUUGUAUUGAGUAUAUAUGAAUGCAGCCACUGGUUUUUCCGGCAUCUGAGGCUUUGUCUGAUGGCGAGGAGGUACGCGUAUCUCGAUUGUGUUUCGCGUUAAAAACAGCAGUUCGAAUCCUAGCGAGAUUGGAACACCUUGUCGGUGUGGG